AUGGCCUCCUGCUUACUGGUAUUCUUUUUCUUCCGAAGAAGAAGAGUGGUAUUAUCACAGCCACGCCAACUUCCGCCAGGGCCUGCGGCAUUGCCCUUGGUCGGCAACAUGCACCAGCUGAUUUGGAACAAGCCGGCAGUAUUCCGGUGGAUACAUCGUCUGCUGAAGGAGCUGGACACAGACAUCAUGUGCCUCCGUCUCGGGGUGACUCAUGUCAUUGCUGUGACAUGUCCUGAGAUAGCCUGCGAGGUAGUGCGAAAAAACGACAAAGUGUUGGCCUCCCGUCCCACCACCUUGGCCUCGGAAUCAUUCAGCCUCGGGUACAAGGGCACCAUUGUCACACCACACGGAGAGCAGUGGAGUAAGAUGAGGAAGAUCCUCACCUCUGAGGUCCUCGCACCAUCCAUGGAGGAAAAACUCCACCACAUCCGAAAGGAAGAGUAUGACCAUCUUGUAAGGUACAUCAACAACACUUGCACGUCUUGUCCAAGCAACUUAGUCGAUGUGCGCCAUGUCGCCCAGCACUUCUGUGGUAACAUGAUAAGAAGGCUUGUGUUGGGUAGGAGAUACUUCAACAGUGGUCCACUAGUAGCCUCAUCGACUAACGGGCCCGGACCUGAUGAGGUGGCACAUGUUGCUGCUCUUUUCACGCUCCUCAACUACCUCUAUAGCUUUUGUGUGUCAGACUACUUCCCGGUCCUGCAAGGACUGGAUUUGGAGGGCCAUGAGACAGCUUCCAAGAAUGUCAUGAAAACACUAAACCGGUUGCAUGAUCCCAUCAUACAGGAGAGGAUCCGUGAAAGGUCCACUCUUCACAAUGGCGGUCAAAAGAAAGAAGCCUGCAGGGACUUUUUGGACGUCCUGGUUUCUCUUGACGAUGCAAACGGACAACCGUUGCUCUCCGUAGAUGAAAUCAGGGCACAAAUAGUGGAAAUGAUGUAUGCAACAAUUGAUAACCCAUCAAAUGCUGUUGAGUGGGCGCUCGCUGAGAUGGCCAACAUGCCAGAGGUCAUGCAAAAAGCAACCGACGAACUCGACGCCGUCGUCGGCAAAGAUAGACUUGUCCAGGAGUUUGACAUUUCUCAGCUAAAUUAUCUGAAAGCAUGCAUCCGGGAGGCUUUUCGUAUACACCCAUACCAUGCUUUUAACCCACCUCAUGUUGCCAUGGCUGACACCAAUGUUGCUGGCUACACUAUCCCUAAGGGUAGCCAUGUCAUCUUAAGUAGGAUGGGACUUGGUCGGAACCCCAAGAUUUGGGACGAACCCCUCGAGUUUCGACCAAAUAGGCAUUUGAAUACCACGGACGUACUUCUCCAUGAGCCAGGACUACGUUUCAUUUCAUUUAGCAGUGGGAGGAGGGGUUGUCCUGGGAUUUCACUUGGCACAUCUGUGACGAUGAUGUUGUUCGCAAGGAUGUUACAGGGAUUCACCUGGACGAAGCCUCAUGGCGUUGAAAGUAUAUGCCUUGAAGAAUCCAGUUCCGGAGCCCUUGCCCUAGCUCAACCGCUUGUUUUGCAAGCUAAGCCAAGGUUGUCCGCACAUAUAUAUAUAUGA